AUGCCACGUAAGCUACGUAAGAAUAUACGUAAGAGGAAGAGAGCAUUGAAACAUCCAAUAGUAAGACUAACACCACAACAACAGUUGCAACAACAAAUGCUGAAUGACCCCACCAUGUUGCAACAAAUGUCAAGCAACCCUAUGCUCUUAAACCGAGUUUUUGGUGCACAGAGUGGAGGUUUAAGAGCGGCACUUUUAGCGAAAAUGGCAGGCUAUGGUGGAGCUGCAGACGGAACAGCCUAUAACCCUCAAAGUCAAAUGAAUUUGAGUUCACUCAAAAAUCAAAUAUCAGAUGUCAAAAAGUCAAACAUAGACAUACAGAAGCAAAUAAGUGAAAACGAAAAGAAACUAGAAUACGACAGACACACAAAGAAACUCAAUGAGUUAAACGUAGAGAAAAAGAAGAACGAAGAACAACUGAAAGAACUAAGUACAGAGGAAUAUGCGAAAAAAGUGUCAGAAAAAGCAGCAGAAGUAGCAAAAAUGGAACAAGAUGUUAUAAAUUUGAAAAACCAUACUACUCAAUAUAAAGUACUGAAAGAUGAAGAGAUAAAACAAAAAGCCCUGAAGACAUAUAUGGAUAGCGAUGAGUAUAAAAAAGAAGUUGAAGCAAAUGUAAAGGCAGAAAAACUUUUACAGUUGCAAAACCAAACCGUACAGUAUGAAAACUUAGCACAAGAAAGUAAAAAUGACGACGCGGCUAUGCAAAAGGCAAUGAAAAGCGCAGAAUAUAUAAA